AUGGUCCGAAGAGAAGGUAUGGCCUUGAUCCUGAGCCUCUUCGUCGUGGUGCGUUCGUCCGCGGUCAGCUUAUGCUUGUCGCAGCUUCGUUCCGCAAGCCUCCGCUGGAUGGAGACGAUCGCAGGGACAUUCCGCUCGAUCUGCUCACGGUCAACAUCGUCACGGGCACCAUCUGGGGCUGAUCCAUAUCAGAGAUAUUUGCUGGACCAGGCACAUGCCAGGAAGGUGGUGUAUGCUCGAAUGAUGGACUGGUAUUUCUUAGCCGCCGUGAACCUUGCCCUGAUCGCAGUGGUUUACCAGAUAUCCAUUGGACGACCACGAUGGAUUGACAUUCGGGGCUCGUGGGUCUUGCUCGCUUACCAGUUGCCAAUUUUGUGUAUGUUGCACUGCCCACAGUUUGGCAAGAGCAUGUCUUUGGACUUUCACUACUUGUUUAUCCUGCUUUUGUUGCUCUUUCUGACUUCGCCUUUGGGAUCUAGUGCAGAUCACACCUUGUCCUAUAGCUUCAUGGGUUUUGUCGCCGUGUCGAUCCCCGCAACAGUUGUGCCAACACGUUUGUGCUCGGUCGUGCUGGGUCAAGCAGCUCUGAUGGUCAUGUGCACCUACAGAGCCUACUCCGAACACCUGGGUGUGGGACUCUGUGAAGAUGUGUCAGGCUCACAGAGGGCCGAGCGAACUCUUGUUUCUUGGAAUCUCUAUUUCCUGGUGGCUGCGAGCUUCAUUUUCCUCAUGGCGGACGCAUUGAUCAAACACCAAGUCGCUUCCAAGAUCCGUGAGAGUGACAAACAGGUCCAGCUGAGCGCGACCACGUCGCUAUUGGAAUUGACCUGCGAUGCCGUGGUGCGCCUGGAUGUGGCAAUGCGACUGGAGGACCAUAGCCCCAAGCUGGCAGCCAUGCUACUGCGCACGGGCACCUCACUGAAAGGUGUGGCCUUCACGGACCUCUUGGGCGAUGAGUCGCACCACGGCCCCGAAGUCCAGCUGAAUCCGGACACGACCGCGGCCACGGCGCGUGCGUUUCAAACGCAGAUGGUGGACUGUUGUAGCAACAAAUUCAAGGUGGAAAUCUUUUCGGUGAAGUAUUCCCUGACCGAUGGCCAGAAGUGUCACAUCGUAGGCCUUCGCGACCUGGAAGACCAAGAGUCCCUGGCCAUGCGCCGAGUGGACGGCGCCGACCACGAGUGGAUGGUUGGUGGUACCGCAACGGCUAGCGUGUUUGUGGAGGGCUGUGCGUCCCUGGAUCGGCGGUCAACGACAUCUUUGGGAUCCGACAGCCUGGGACUUCUUGGGCAGUGGCGCUUGCGCCCACCGGUGCCGUGCAACGACAAGUCCAAGGAGAAUUUCCUGGAGAUUGAUGUGGAUACUCAGGUGGUUAUUGCUGCCACUGCUCCGUAUCACUCUUUGGCGGGACGACAGUUGCCCAACAUCUUCGGCCCCGACAGUCUUUCGCUCCUGUGGCGUGUCUUGGACGAAGAGCGACAAGUGGCACAGUCGAUGGCGAACUCGCCAGCGAAUCGAGAGCUACAACUGCCCAACCGGUUGGUGACCUUCAGCCACAUGCCAUUCUUCCUUCCCGAAAGGCUGGAGAUCAGUGGCAGCAUAAAGGUUGCAGUGACCAGCCACGGAGACUUUCAUGUGAUCAUGUGCUUUGUCGAAUCUGUCGAAAGCGGAUUUCAGACUUCCCUGUUCCACCUGAAGGCCCUCCACAAGGAGCUCCUCAGUCCAGGGCCGGUUCCCAUCCCCUGGACCUCGAAGAUGCGGAAAGUCUACUGGCGCGGCAGCUUGACGGCGCCCAAUGAGGUGUCCAAGCAUCAGGCUUCUAGCAUUCCUCGGCUGCGCAUCUUUCAGCUGGCCAAAGAGAAGCCAGAGCUGUUUGAUGUGGCCGUGAACUCUGUGGAUAAUCAUCUCAAAGUCAUGUGGGGCAAAAAGACCGUGCAGCGCAUCGUCUCGCAGCACGGGGUGAACUUCAGCAACUUUGAGGCCGUGGAGCAACGGGCGAGGCACUAUCGCUACGUGCUGAAUUUGAACGGCGUGGUUUCCUCCUGGCGUCUCUCGUACCUCUUGGGCACCGGAUCUGUUCUGCUGCUGCAGAAGAGCUCCACCAACGAAGCCUUGCACGCUCUGCUGGAGCCAUGGAGGCACUAUGUGCCGCUUGCCCCGGACCUCUCCAAUCUGUUGGACGUGCUGCAGCAGUUGGAGAGCAACGAGACCUGGGCCCAAACGCUGGCACAGGCGGCCGCUGACCUCUUUGCAGAGCGACUGCGACCGGAGGACAUCUAUUGCUUUGCGCUGCGAUCCAUGGAAGUUUCGCAGAGCACUGAGUUGACAUUGGCGGCCUUGGAAGCGCGAAACUUCCAAGCAGCGCCGAGUUUGGAGAGCCUCGAUGCCGCUUGGCGCGGCCGGCUGCCAAAGCGCUUGUCGCAACGCCUCGCAGCCAUGCACGACGCGUUGCUGCGUCGUCCGUCGAGUCACACAGAACUGUGA